GCCCCACGGGCUUCUGCGGCCGGGUGCGCAUGGACCCGGCGGCCUGGCUGCUGCAGGAGGCGGCCAGGGGCUUCGUUGCGGGCGCGGCGGCGUGGGGCGCGUCCUGGGGCGCGCAAUGCCCAGCGGCCCCGCCUUGCCCGGCUUGCUCCUGCCAGUGCGAGCCGCGCCUGGUCUGCCCCGGAGGCAGCCACGCCGAGGCGGCCGCGCCAGGCGCGGCGGUGGUGGCCGGCGUCUGGCUGUUCAGCCUAGCGGCCGCGGUGGUGGGCACCUGGGCUUGCUCGCGGCACUUCGCGGUGGCAGCGGCCCCGCCCGCGGCGGUAGCCGCAGCGCGCGCCCCGCCGGCGCUGCCAGCGCCCGUUCCGCCUUCGUCCCUGCCUGAGGUCGCGGCGGCCCAGGAGGGUGACUUCCUCCUGGUGGAAUAUACGGGGUUCCCAGGCGUGCUGCACGAGAGGCUCCUCAUUUUGGUUCCAGAUGCGGGAGGCCAGGUGUGCACGCUCACCCCAGACGACGACAGCUACGAGGAGGACCUCUACGCGCCCGCCGACGUGCAGCGCUGGCUGCGCCUUGGAGGCCGCAUGGGCGCCUACCCGCCUGCGGCAGGCGCUGGGCACGUGCACGGCUUCCGCGGCGUCCCUGCGCCCGUGCGGAUCGCGCACGUGCUGACCGCUGCGGCUGCGCGCCUCGGCGUGGGCCUCACGGCGGGCGCGACGGUGGUGCCCAACCUUGGUGGCGCGGCUGGCAGGCCUCGGCCCCGACCAGGCCUGGCGGCCGGGGCGCCCCCUGCUGCGGUUGCAGGCGCGCCGGCUGCCGGUGGAGCCGCGGCUGCAGCCCUUCCACCUGGCCUGCUGGUGGCCGCCCCGCCCCCUGGCGCAGCAGCAGCGGCCGCUGCUGGCGCGGCUGGAGGCGUGGCUGGCUUGGCGGCCGCCUUGGCGCCCCCCCCGGCGGGAGGCGCAGUGGCCGCGGUCCCGGCGGCCCUGCCUCCACCGUUGGUGGGCGCCGCCCCCCCCGCCGCGUUUGCGCCGGCGGCCGUGGCGCCAGCCGUAGCGGCGGCUCCGCUGGACGCGAGGGUCCAGGCAGUCGCCUACGACCUCCAGGGCCAGCGGCACCGGGACUUCCGCACGGCGGUCAUGGCCAUGACCGAAGGCAGCUUCCCCGACUGGCCUGUGCGGGGCCCCAGGACGGCGCUGUGGUGCCUCAAGUUCAUGGAGGCGCACGGCGGCACCCCGACUGGCCGCCACUCACGGUGGAUCUCGGAGACGCGGCCCCAGGGGCAUGAGCCCGGCGUCGACGAGCACGAGAGGGCGUGCAGGACGCUGGAAAACAUGGUGGUCUACGACCAGCUCAACGUGGCGAACCUCGCCGCGGGCGAGAUGCUUGCCAGGGCGGUGCAGCUUCAGGAGGAGCGCUACCGCGACCGCGUGGCGCCCGCCGUAGACUCGACGAACAUGGAGUCGCACGUGCUGCUCGGCACGGAUCGGCUGCGUGGGGACGUGUGCGUGUCGCCAGCACUCCAGGACUCCUGCAAGGAUGAGCUGACUAAGACGAACGCCUACAGGAAGGGCAAGCGUCGCAUGAGGGACGCUUCGGAUUGGCACGACUGGGCUAACGACGCCAUCGACGUCAUGAAUUAUGCGUGCGCCCCUGGGGCUCAGCCGUCCGCCGUCGGGAUCUCCGAAGGCAAGCGGGCGUCUCUCGAGCACGUGCAGUCUGCUUUCACCAGCCUGAUCUCGUGGCCCGACGUCGGCGACGACCCCGUGCCGCUCACGAGCGUCGUUGCUGGCCCGGACGCUCAGUGGCUUGGGGCCUGGAGCUCGAGGAUGCUGCGUGAUCGGGGCGAGGCAGGUGCCCUCCUGCAGCAGGUUUGCCCUCGUGGACCGCACGUGGACCCGCACCUCUCUUUCUCGCCGGCGACUUACGCCGGCUUCCUUGCUCAGAUGCUGAAGCGCCAGAUGGUCUGCUUCCAGGCGGAGGAUCCCAAUAUCAAGCCGAUAGGUGUCUUCUGCGUGGCAAAGAAGAGCAAUCGUCUGAUACUGAUUUUUGACACGCGCACGGCCAACGCCUACUUCUCGGACCCACCGGCCACCGCGCUGCCCAGCGCCGCCGCCUUCGCCAAUUUGGAGGCGCCAGGAGGCCGCGUGGUCAUCGCCGCGGGCGAUAUCGACAACGCGUUUUACCGCCCCAAGAUGCCGGACGGUCUCUGCAGCUACUUCAGGCCCCCGCCGAUCGACAGGCGCCACCUGGAGGCUCGCGGCGUAUCAGGGCUGCCCAGCGGGGGCCAGCUGCAGGCGUGCCUUGUCGUGCUGCCCAUGGGUUUCUCUUGGGCGCUCCCCUUGUGCCGGCUGGCCCUGAGGACGGGCUCCCAGGCGUCCCAGGAGCCCGCCGCCGGGUACGUCGACAACUAUCUGUCGGUCGGCGCGGACGAGGGGCGCGCCCGGGCCCUGGGCCGCAUCGCUGGAGCACUGGAGGCUGCUGGCCUGCGCGUCCACGCGCCUGAGCGGGCUGCGGAGCCCUGCAGUUUCUCGGGCAUGGAGCUGCGGUGCGGUCGCUGGCUCGCCAUCAAGGGGCGGUCCGUCUGGCGGCUCAGGCGCGAGGCGCUUGGGAUUCUCAACGCCACCUGCGCCAUCAUGGCAGCAGCUGGCGCGGAGGUGCAGUCGCUGCGGCCCGCGGUCCGCGCGGAGCUGUGGCGCGCCCGCUGUCUGCUGCCGUUGCUGGUCGCCGACCUGGCGGCGCCUUGGGUUUCGCGGCUGGCGGCCAGCGACGCGAGCACGCCGGACGACGCCCCGCAUGUCAGCAUGGCCACGAAGGAGCCCUUGGAGAUCUCCCAGAGCCCGACGAGCCCCGUGAAGGACCCCUUCCAUGACCUCGGCACGUUCGGCGUCUCGGAGGAACCGCUGAUCUUGGGCUUGGGCAAGAGGCUAAAGGAUUUCGACGUGGCCGCCCCGCGCGCUGGCGCGGCGGCGGCUGGCGGCCGGGCAGCCGCGGGUCCUGCGGAGGCCCGCGCGGCGCCCGGCGCUGGCGGCCUCGGAGGCGCGGGGGCGCCGCGCGGCCCUCGCCAGGCGCUUGCUGGCCGAGCGGCCGCCCCUGGGCAGCUCAGCGCGCUGGAGACCAUGGCGGCGCGCUCCAACACGGAGUCGCAGUGCCGCAGGGUGCUGGAGGAGUUCGUGGCGUUCUGCUCGCUGAACCGCCUGGAUUGGAAGGGCUUCGGGCAGCUGGACGCCACGGCAACCAGGUUUUUGAACCGCCAGUUCGCCCAGGGAGCGCCCUCGAGCCAAGGUUCGUUGCUGCUGGCUGCGCUCGCCCACUUCCUGCCAGGCCUCCAGGGCUCCUGGAAGGCCCAGCUGCCUCGGGCCACGCGAAGCUCGAUCGCCUGGCAGUGGAGGGCGCCCGCCAUGACGAGGGCGCCGCUGCCAUACUUCGCAGCCGCUGCGUUGGCAGGCAUGCUGGCCAUGAGCGGCCGCCGGCGCAUGGCGAUCUGGAUCCUGCUUGCGUUCAGCUGCAACCUGCGACCGUUCGAGGCGCAGGGGCUGCGCGGGCUCGGAGGCCGCCCAGGCAAGACGGGCUUGUACAACGAGAGCGUGGUGAUCGACUUGGACCUGCACCUCUGGCCGUUGCUCGAAGGCCUGAAGGCCGCGGUGGCCCUAGACUGGAGCCUCUGGGAUUCCACGCCGCCAGCGCGCAGGGAGCAGUUCUGCGAGAUCGCGAGCCGGCUCCAGCUUCAGGCCCUCGACCCGACGCUCUACGCGCCGCGGCGCGGCGGAGCGAGCUGGGACCUGCUGGGGGGCCGGCGGACGCUCGAACAGACGCAGCGCCAUGGGCGCUGGGCGUCGCCAGGCAGCAUGGAGCGGUACGCCAAGGAGGCCUACCUGCAGGAUGCCAAGACGCGGUUGCCAGAGUGGGUAUUCGUCCUGGGCAGAGUCGCACGCGCCAACUUGCGCGAGAUUGUCGAGCUGGGGCCCGGCCUGCGUCAGCAUCUACGCCUUUGGCAGCAGCUGCCCGCGCCCGCGCAGGCGCUGAUCGAGGCAGGGCUGCCGUAG